AUUCACGAGACGAAUCUAAUGAUCCCAACUGUGGUAAAUAAGAGGACAUACUACAAGAAAGUAUCGUAAAUUUCUUUUUACCACAAAUAAAAAUUGUUUUACCAGUACUGCGCGCGUUUUGCAAGCUAAAAGAACAACUAAAAUCUCUUUUCAAACUGAACCAAGACAUUUAUUUCAACAAAUCAUGAUACAUACUUUUUUCGCUUUGUCUGCCCAGUCAGGAAUUUAAAAAAAAAAUUAAUUUUAAAAUUUCCAAUGACAGAAAAGUCGGGAAAAUCCAUGAUUGUUUUUCUUUUAAGUAUCAAAGUUAAUCACGAGCACAGUAGCGACCGUGGUAUGUACUUUUAUUUACCACGUCUCUCAACCAAUCAGAAAGCGAGAAAAUUAUCAAAUGUGGUAAAAAAUCGAAUGCAUCAGUCAAUAAAAACUCCUUUUGUUCUAUCAAGUAUAAUAGAAUGGCCAAAUUAAAUUGAUUACAAGUAUUUUUAUUUCAGUUUUGUGAUUUGUCUCUUAAAUACACUUUAUACCUACUUUGGAGGUUAAUCUGGAUCUGGAUGUUAAUCUGACUAAAUUGUAUACAUCAGUGAUGCCGUUCGAAGAUUACUUAGGAUCUAGAACACCACCAGCAGAUGGCAGCGAAGGGACAGCUUCGAUCAAACUGACUCUUAAAGGCAAGGAGGAACCAUUGAAACUGAAUGGUUGUUUUAUUCCUAAUGAUGAAAACUUGAAGAAGCUGAUUAAUGAUCGAACAUAUUUGGAAAAACAUAAGAAAACAAAGUUUUUCAUAUAUUUUUGUUGUCUGGAUAAGAAUUUGGAAAACAAUGUCGUGAAAACUGAGAUAAAUGCUCACCGCUUUACUAAACCAAACAGAGAUAAACAAUGUACUAUAGAUCACGGACCAGAUAGUGCAUUCUUGCUCUAUAAAGAAUUCCACGUAUUUUUGCCGGCCUGUCAUAAAGAUCUAAAGACAAACGAUUUUGAGAGUUUCCUUAAAAAGCACAGUAAGAGAAUUCCCUCUCAAUUUCACCAAGUCACAGCAAAUGGCCAGUAUAAAGGACUAACACAAAAGGAGGGAUUAGUUAAAUUUGUACCAGUCAGGUUAACAUCAAGCAAUGGCAGCCAGGUUUUGGAAGAUAGCAGCUUCAUUAAGGUUGUAAAUGGCCCAUUUCUGGACUCUAAUGAAGUAGUUGGAUAUUGCUGCAAAGAAUCAGAUGGUAGCAGAAUAAAUGUAAACAUGCUAGGAACACAAGAUGUAACAGUAGUUUCAUCAGGAAUAGCUGGGCCAUUUCGAUGUAUAUCUUCUCAAGACGUGGAAUUGUAUUCCAUAAAACUCAAGGAAGCGAUAACAAAGAUAACAGAGUUGCUACCAAGAGGAAUAACUAAAUCAACACUGAAAACUGACGAUAUAUUCACAAAUCUAACUGUCUACCAAGGCAAACAAAAAUCUCUACAAGAAAGAGCCCAAGAAGAUCAGCGCACACGAAAAAUAGUGACCGAUAUCACUGAGAUAUUUGUUGACGAAAACGAAGACAACCCAAAGUCAAUCUUGGUUUCAGGUGAACCUGGCAUCGGAAAAACGCUUUUCUCGAACAAAAUCCUCAGAGACUUGUCAACGUAUUGCUUAUCGAUCCCUAAUAUAAAGUUCCCUUACCUGAUAACGUUCAGGCAAAUUGUCAUGCUUGGCAACAAAGAGCUUACCCUAAGAGAAUUGCUUAAUAUCUCUCCUUUACUGAACACAAGCACCAUGAUAGACGAUACAGUAAUGGCGCACGCCAUUCACCAUUCAGAGCAGUUCUUCGUUGUCCUUGAUGGCUUUGAUGAAUACGAAGACGACAAAAAAAUAUUGGGAAGUUUUGAAAGCCAAUUCCCUAAUGAUGCAAAAAUCAAGAUGCCAAUAGUUGCCCUGAUCAGCAAGCUAAUCCAAAAAAAGAUUUUUUAGUGAUUCAGUCAUCAUGAUAACCUCAAGGCCGGGCGGAGCCAGCAAGUUAGACGAAAGACUACACUUCGACAGAUGUGUGGAAAUUACUGGUUUCUCAGAAGAACAGGUUCUUCAAUAUGUUGAAAAAUAUUUCAACUCUAAAUCAGAUGAAGAAAAAAGGAUGGCCAUGGAGAAAGUCAAAGGAACCGCACAUUACAUGUCAUUUGGUCGCGUCCCUCUUAUGUGUUUGUUCGUGUGCCAAGUCAUCGAGUGGGAAAUCAAAAACAAAAUUACUAGAAAUAAUUUAGUUCCUCUUACACUCACUCAGUUUUAUUGUGAAAUAACUACUUCCCUAGAAAGAGCUAACAAAGAGAUGGAAAGUUUAAAUGAGGAAAAUGCUUCGCUGGCUAUUGAGAAAACUCUGGAUAACUUUUCUGAACUAGCCUCGCAGUUAAAAGCCAGACAAAAUCGCUUUGCUUUCACACAAAAAGAUUUAGAAAAGCUGAAAUUACCUGAAAAUGAAAUGUCUUACCUUAAAGCAAGUAAUUUAAUAUUUUGUUAUCCUGUUACCAAUGAUUCUCCAUGCCCACAAACAACUCUUGAAUAUGGUUUCGCACAUUUAACAAUUCAAGAGUUUUUUGUUGCUCGUCAUUUGGUGAAGAAGCGUACAAUGGCGGCACAAGAAACCUCUGCAAUGGUGCACAUAUUCACGAGUGGUUUGUUGGGUUUAGACAAGGAGAACAACAACGAUGAAUGUAUGUCGAAAGUACUAGAGUGUGUAUGUAAACAAAUGGAGUACAAAUGGAGACAAAGCCUUGUGUCAUUGCGCUGUCUCCAUGAGUACGGCCUAGAGAAAGAAUUCACAAGACGAGAACUGACAACAAACCGUGGAAAAAGAUACUGGAAUAGUGACGGGUGGAUUGAAUUACCUGAUGUAACCGACACGGACUGUGAUGCACUCGCUAUGUUAGUAAAAUCCGCCUCUGCUACAUCAAUAUCAUCACCACCACACACAUUGUACAUUGCUAACUCACAGAUAACCAUUACCGGGUUAAAGAGCUUGCUGUCAUCUUUCACUCAUCCAAACUGCACCAUCACUAGACUGAGGCUGUAUGGUUGUGGUUUGAAUGAUGAACAUAUAAAGUGUUUGUGUGAAGAUUUACAUCGCUCUCACAUAACCGAGCUAAGCCUGCGUGGUAAUAACAUAACCGAUGUAGGAGUGCAUCACAUUAUCCAUCACUUACAUGUACCAAGAAAACUAACCUAUCUAAACCUGCUUCUUAAUCCAGUAUCUAUAGAAGUUAGUGAAAGUAGUAAAAAAUUCCGUCAGGAUAAUUAUCCUGGACUUGACUUAAAGAUAUAGAUAAUUCAAUAUUAGACUCAGAGAUGUAGGUUUGUACUGAUACAAAUAAUGAAACACAACAAAAAACACAUCAACACUAUUUCAUCUCAUCAUUUCUUGGUAGUUCUCUACAAUUUUCUACAAGAAUUAAAUAUUUUACUUUUUCUGCACAAAGGAAUAGCUUUUUUAUAAAAUUGUAAUUCGAAAUUUUGACUAACUUUUGACUAGUGUUUUUCACUAUUGAAAUAAAUAGUUUUAGAAGCUUUAAAUUUGAAUAAAGUUCUCACCUUUGUUUAUAAGCUUAUCUUAACUUGAAGUUGUAAAAAAUUUCUAUUGAGUUUAUAGGGAUAGAUGUGUUUUUUUGUAAAA